AUGGUUCCUCCAAACAAGCUUGCAGAGAUUGGAAUUGAAGCCUUUCAAUUGUUGGAGGAGAGCAAAGGUCCAGUUCCCAAGGCAAAGAUGCCUCAGCUUUCAACAUUUCAACAACAGCUUUCAAGUGCACAUGCUUCUUGUUAUACAAGGGAGACUAUUGAAUGCUACACGGCAGCCCAGAAGAACAAGGGAAGCAUUCUUGUUUUAGGCUUAGCUUUGCUCUCUUGCGUGGCCGAUGGUGCACUUCGCCACCACAUUGGUCUUAGUGAUCGUCGUAGCCUCAUUGACGGUAGUGGUGCCGCGGUUACAGUUUUUGAUGUAACAAAACACGGUGCCAAGGCUGAUGAUAAGACCGAUAACGCACAGGCAUUUAUCCAAACAUGGCGGGCAGCAUGUGAUUCAGGUGUUCCAGCAAAGGUGGUCAUCCCUGGAGGGACAUUCUUGACAAGCCCUGUUGUAUUUCAAGGGCCGUGCAAAAGCAAGCCUAUAGUUUUUGAAGUACAGGGAAACGUGAAAGCUACUACUGAUCUCAGUGAAUAUAGUUCAGAACAAUGGAUCUUAUUUGAAAUAAUUGAUGGUUUAACAUUGAACGGUGGAGGAACUUUUGAUGGGCAAGGCAGUGCCGUCUGGAAGUACAACGAUUGCCAUGAAAACAAGCAAUGCCAGGCACUUCCCAGUUCCAUUAAGUUGAGCAAAGUAAACAAUGCUUUUGUUCACGAGAUCAGCUCUGUCGAUAGCAAAUAUUUCCACAUGCACGUUACCAGCUGCCCCCCCCCCCCCAGCAAUCCCAUGUCUGAUGUUGGAAGCCUUGGCAAGUACAAGAACGAGGAGGAUGUGAGCGGUAUUGUUGUGACUAACUGCACAUUGUUUAACACCACCAAUGGUGUGAGAAUCAAAUCAUAUGCUGCAUCUGACCCUAGCCAAGCUUUAAAUAUCACUUUUAAAGAUAUCACUAUGGAUAGUGUGAAAAAUCCCAUUAUCAUUGAUCAGAAGUAUGGUUCCCGCAAUGGCGCGCCAUCGCGAGUGAAAAUUAGCAAUGUUCAUUACCAGAACAUCAAAGGCACCUCAACUUCCAAUGUUGCUGUCAGUUUUUUGUGCAGUUCAUUGGUUCCUUGUCAAGGAGUAGAACUUGUGGACAUCGAUUUGGCCUAUAUCGGCCAGAAAGCAAACAUGCCUCUCUCAGCUUCAUGUUUGAAUGCAAAUGUUAAAUCGGGUGGCAAACAGAACCCAGGAUGUAAUUGA